GGGGGGGAAAGAAAAGCUGUCGCCCUUGUUCCGCGAAAUCCCCCCGCAGACGUAGAACUCGCGUGUCGGGCCGUAGUAAAACGUCUUUGAGGCCGCGGAUUACAGUAGUGUAGUGAUUUCCCUCGCACCGGAGGAGCGUACGAUAAUAAAGUGCUUUUAAUUUUCGUUUUGGCUUCAAAUUCUAGGUACCGUUUUACUAGGACUGUGUUGUGAUGCGCAGGCUGGUCUCCCUUGUUCGGUCUAUUCAUUCGCUUCGUGACAUUUUCUGUGGGAUUUAUAAAUAGAAUUCGACCUUUCGCACCAAGGAUCUUGCUAAUCUGUGACCAGAAUUUUGUCACUAUCUGAACUUUGACCUUAUUAACAUGAAAGAUAAGAGCCUCUUUUUUUUUUUUAUCAGUUUAUAUUUUAGUUUUGAAAGUUUGUUAAAAAGACAUGUGAAGCAUGACAUUUGGUUUUAAAUUUGUCACCUGCGAAUGUUGUGAAGAGUUCUGUCCCUUGAGCUAUUUUUAUCGCCAUUCGGAUCUACUUGUGUGAGUACUAGAAAAGCAGCAGACGAAAAGAGGAGGAGGGGAGGAAAAAAAAACUUGUACGGAGUCGCUUCUUUGUUGUCUCCUCGUCAACACAGUUCCAGUUCGUCACGUAGCGUGGCCGUGACGCCGCGCCGUGGACGUGCGAUUGGUGGAAUGGAAGCUAUUUACCCCGUCAUCUCGCACGCAGCUCGACAUUAAAUAUGGACGGCCGGGAGGAGUUUUCAACAGCCACAACACACAAACACGUCUGGGCGGGAGCAGACGACUCCGCUGUCUUUUUUUUUUUUGUGUGACUGGGUGAAAUAACAUGGAUUUAGGGUUGCUUCAUUAUCGCCCCACAUAGAGAAACGUGUUUACAAUUAUCACUGUUGAUAUUAGGAUUUUUGGUUUUUGUUUCUAAGUUGUGAAAUUCUGUCAUCAGUAGAUUUGACUUGAAACUUUUUCUUUAAGUGUGUGACUUUUUUUUUUUCAACUUUAAAAGAAUGGAUAAUAUCAGUCGGGCAGGAUUACGUGUGCCCACUAGUUAUAUCGUGGACUAAGUGACUAAGAAAAUAAAUAAAUUGUGAUUAAGUGAUUAAGCGUCUAGUUUCAAAAUGUCUAUCCCUCAUCGUGCCCAGCGUCAGCACUGCUACCUGUGCGAUCUGCCCAGGACUCCUUGGGCCAUGUUGCACGAUUUUUCAGAGCCCGUUUGUCGAGGAUGUGUUAAUUACGAGGGCCCCGAUCGGAUUGAAAUGGUCAUCGACGCUGCCCGGCACAUGAAAAGAGUGCACGGUUUCCAGGAGCCUUCUCGCGGCCCUGUGGUCAAUGGGAUAGGCAAGCCUUCUCCACACGGCAUCCCUCCUGGUCAGCAGUCAAGAAACGGUCCUUCUUCGGGUCCGCAGGAGCUCCACGCACAUGCGACGCUGCCCCUCGACGCUUCUCGCCUAUCGGGCCCACCACCUUCGCACCACUUACCAGGGCCCAACCAUCCGCCCCCUCCACACGCUCACCUGUCUACUUCUGAUAGGUUCUUGGACACGCGUAGAAACAUGAUGGAGUUUAGCACAUUGACCAGGCUCCCUGGGGGUCUGCUGGGCAUUCAUCCACCCAGAGCCGGCGAGGAGCAUUUCGGAGAGCUUCACCACAGAAGUAGUCCCCCGAGAGGAGGUAACGGCCUUCCCCUGCUUCAUCCUUUGAAUCACUCCAGCAGACACAGCGCCCCGCCUCAGCCUCCUCUUCUUCAUAUGAGGAGAGUGGAUGAAGAGGACGAUGGUCUAGCCCAGUCCAGUGCCGAGGAGCUGGUCAAGUAUUCUUCCUUGGACGAAGCUAUCCAGAAAAAUCCAUUCGUCAGGGAUACGCUGAACACUUUAGCUGCCUGCGUUCCGUUUCAGAUCCGGCUCCGAAAAGAACACAUGCUGGUGGGUAGGAUGUUCGCCUUUGACGUCAGCUUCAGGAGUCCUAACGAGCUAGAGCUCAAGUACUUCGUGGAGUAUCCCAUCGGUUCCGGGACUGUCCACAACUCUAUCCCCAGCCUGGUCAAGCUGAUGCGCCACGACACGGUGCAAGAGUUCGGCAAGGGUCAGUCGUCUGGACUAAUUUAUCUCGAAUACGAGGUCAAGCACAAUAGUGGACAGUGGAAUAACAUGACUGACCUUUUCACCGAGCAUGUGAGGCAUUUUAAAGACACUCUCAAGCGCGACCUCCUGCCCGUGCCGUUCGUAGACAGCUGUCUUCCCCCACUGCCUAGUCAUCUAGGUCGGGUAGUCCCACUCUCAAAGACUGAGCCACAGAGGCUAUUUUUAGAGGGAGCAUCUGGAAGCGGCCGGAAAAGAAAGAGCUCGCCUGGAACGGACGACGCCCACGGAGGUUCGUCCAGCAAGAUGAAUGAUGAACAGCACAAGCGUCAGCAGUGGAUGCAGAGUCAGGCGGACGCCCUUAAACUAACCAUAUCUUCGGCGUCUGCUGCGGCUGCUUUUGGGACCGGACUGCCCAGUUCUACCUCAAUGUCGCCUCUGAGCAAUCAUAAUCACACGCCCAGCCCUCCCAACGGUCCCUCUGUCAACCCAGGGCCGUCUCCCAUGGCUGCCCUCAUGAACGUGACCGACAAUUUGGCCUCCCCCAACGGACCGCCCGAUCUCCUCCACCACGCCACCAACUUGAUGCGGGCGCCACACCAUUCCCCUAACGGCUCGAGACGGGGCCCCCACCUGUGCCCGGUCUCGGAUACCGGUGUGGGCAGCACGAUGCCGGAAUCCACAAGCGGCCUCUCCGCCGAGCUGCUCAAGUGCACGCUCUGUCACGAGCGGCUGGAGGACACCCACUUCGUCCAGUGCCCGUCCGUCCCGGACCACAAGUUCUGCUUCCCUUGUUCCAAAGAGAGCAUCAAGCGCCAGGGCGCCGGGACGGAGGUGUACUGCCCCAGCGGCAACAGAUGCCCACUGUCCGGCUCCAACGUGCCGUGGGCGUUCAUGCAAGGGGAAAUUACCACCAUCCUGGGCGAAGACUACAACGGCCCUGUUGGUAACACGCCAAUCUCUGGGAACCCAGGCAACAACAACAUUACUCUCAACACCAAGGACGUCAACAUCAAAAAAGAAAGGGACUCCUGAGUCCCCCCCAGUGGUACAUCAGAACUAUUCGAAACUUUUAUAGUUAACACUGGAAGUUAUGUCGAUUAAACUUGUUCAUAUAUCUACAGGUGUUUACAAUCCAAGAGAAUUAGAGACAUUGUUUUAUAUAUAUACAGAUAGACAACAGUUUUAUUUUAGAUUUUCUUUGAUUUUUUUUUUUCAAAAUACUGUUUAAGGAUUCGUUUUAUCGGAUGUAUAUGAAUUUAUUUGUACCCUAUGUCUCUUGUAGACGUUGUUUGAGACAUCUAUAUAAAUGUCUUUUGUUGCUGUAACCUAGCCUGUUUAUAUAUAUUAUGUACUAUGUACAUUCGUCAAAAUAUUUGUGAAUAUUUUUUGGGGGGGGGGGGCUAUAUUUUUAGACUUUGGAAUGUGUGUGGUCUGUUGCACAUUGUCAUGGAUGCAUGCUAAUUAGGGUACGUGUUAGUCUAACACAUUCUUGUGUGACACGCUCGCUUGUUAUCUCUUGUACACCACACGUGACCAGGAGGCUGACACCAUGUCCCCCGACUCGUUCUCCCCCCCCCCCCCACACACACCUUAAAAAAAAAAGAAAACAAAGAUCCCAUAUACUCUUAACUGAUACUCCCACACACGACUUACCUGCCCCUGAAUUUGAUGUCAUAAAUUUUUAUUUUUACUUCCUCUGCGAUGUUUAGGUGUUCAUCUCCCGCACACAUCCUUUUCACGCACACAUUUAACCACACAUACAUGCACACAUAAAACACACACACUCUUCCACGCAGACACAGGGGUGCUGCUGACGGCCGUUGACUUGUAGCACCAAGCCGCUGGUAGACAACCGCUGUAGGCGUGUUAUAGUUUUCAAACUAAUAAAUUUUUUAAACUAAUAAAUUUUUUAAACUAAUAAAUUUUUUAAACUAAUACAACUUGAAAUGACUUGAAUAACUUCCCUUGUGAAUAAAUACUAUCCAUAACUUUUAUUUUUUAAUAUAGAAAAAAUCAACGUCGGUAUGAGAUAAAAUAAAUAUACUAGACUUUAGU